GCCAGCGCCCCUGCGCACCACACAAGCUGGAACACGCGCUCGCGGCUCGCGGACACCCCAACCGGAGAAAAAGAAGAAGAAGAAGAAGACGCUCGCGGGACGUCAGUUGAACAUGGCGGUGGACGGGAGAGCUGUCACCAGUGUACGGGGGGAAACUGCGGCGUUUCUCUGAACGAAAUAGAGGGAUUUAUAUUUAAAAAUAUAUAAAUAUAUAUAUAUAUAUAUAUAUAUAUAUAUAUAUAUAUAUAUUUACAGACAGCAUUGAGAAAAUGUCAGACAACCAGAGCUGGAACUCCUCCGGUUCCGAGGAAGACGUCGAGCCCAGAGAUGAGUCUGGACAUCUUGUCGGUAUCGUCGACUUGAGCGGAGUCCUCAGCAAGUGGACAAAUUACAUCCAUGGAUGGCAGGACCGUUGGGUGGUCCUCAAAAACAACACACUGAGCUACUACAAGUCUCAGGAUGAGACCGAGUACGGCUGCCGGGGUUCCCUCUGCCUCAGCAAAGCUGUUAUUACUCCUCAUGAGUUUGACGAGUGCCGGCUGGACAUCAGUGUAAAUGACAGCGUGUGGUACCUCAGAGCACAAGACCCGGAGCACAGGCACCAGUGGAUCGACUCCGUGGAGUUGCACAGAACUAUCAGAGAGGGGAGGAGAGAGAAAGGAGGAAUCCAGGGGACAAUAUUCAUCCCUCCACCACUGGCUGACUCUGGAUACGGAUCAGAGUCUAGUCUGCGGAGACAUGGCUCCAUGCUGUCGCUCACGUCGGCCACCAGUGGCUUCUCUGCCACCUCCACCUCCUCCUUCAAGAAGGGUCACAGCCUGAGAGAGAAGCUGUCGGAGAUGGAGACCUUCAGAGAUAUCUUGUGCCGGCAGGUGGACACGCUUCAGAAAUACUUUGACGGCUGUUCGGACGCCGUGACGAAGGAUGAGCUGCAGAGGGAUAAAAUCGUGGAGGACGAUGAAGACGACUUCCCCAACACCCGGACAGACGGAGAGUUUCUGCACAACAACCACGGCAUCAAAGAGAAAUUGUUCCAGUCUGUGAGUCCCAAGGGAAUCAAUGGCAUAGACUUUAAGGGCGAGGCCAUCACGUUCAAGGCCACCACAGCUGGGAUCUUGGCCACGUUGUCCCACUGUAUCGACCUCAUGGUGAAGAGAGAAGACAGCUGGCAAAAACGAGUGGAUAAGGAGAUGGAGAAGCGGCGUAGAAUAGAGGAGGGCUACAAAUCCGCCCUGAAUGAGUUGAAGAAAAAGUCUCACUUUGGAGGUCCAGAUUAUGAGGAGGGUCCAAACAGCCUCAUCAACGAGGACGAGUUCUUCGAUGCGGUCGAAGCCGCUCUCGACCGACAGGACAAAAUAGAAGAGCAGUCCCACACGGAGAAGAUAAGAUUGCAGCGAUCCAGCCCGGUUCCCCCCGGAGACGUCUACUCCAGCAUCGGCACGCACAGGUACUCCGACAAGGUAGAGGAGAUGGUGCAGAGUCACAUGACCUACUCACUGCAGGACGUUGGUGGAGACGCAAACUGGCAGCUGGUUGUGGAAGAGGGAGAAAUGAAGGUGUACAGGAGAGAGGUGGAAGAAAAUGGGAUUGUUUUGGACCCGCUGAAGGCCACCCAUUCGGUAAAGGGGGUGACGGGUCACGAGGUCUGCCACUACUUCUGGGACACGACCUACCGCAACGACUGGGAGACCACGAUUGAAAACUUCAACGUCGUGGAGACGCUGUCGGACAACGUGGCCAUCGUGUUUCAGACGCACAAGAGGGUGUGGCCUGCCUCUCAGAGGGACGUGCUGUACCUGUCCGCCAUGAGGAAGAUCAUGGCCAGCAAUGAGAACGACCCGGACACCUGGCUGGUCUGCAACUUCUCCGUGGACCACGACGACGCCCAGCCGUCCAGCCGCUGUGUCCGGGCCAAGAUCAACAUCGGCAUGAUCUGUCAGACCCUGGUCAGCCCACCAGAGGGCGACAAAGAGAUCAGCAGAGACAACAUCCUGUGUAAAAUCACCUACGUCGCCAACGUGAACCCGGGGGGCUGGGCUCCGGCCUCCGUGCUCAGGGCCGUGGCGAAGAGGGAGUACCCCAAGUUCCUCAAGCGCUUCACCUCCUACGUCCAGGAGAAAACUGCCGGCAAGCCCAUCUUAUUCUGAGGCCCCACCCUUCCCCCGAACUGGACCAAUCAACCGGCGACGUGAUGCCGUGACUCCUCCCCUUCGCUUCGGUGUUGAGACGCCGCAAAAGGACAAGAACGACUGUCUGCUGCUGCUGGGACCGGUCCGCCUCCUCCAACUGGGUUUCCCUCCCCUCCCAGUUUCCUUUUAGCUACUCAAGAAGAGGGCCCAUCACGGCGGCUGCAUUCCAACACCUGCGAGACGACCCUUGACCUCUGAGAGGGACACGUUCAUCAGAAAGAAUAUUCUUUGAGUUAAUUGAUUGCUGCUUGUUUUUAUUUUGUGAUAAAAUACUAAUUGGCUUUUAUUCAAUCGGAGACGAUGUCACGAGAGAACCCUCCUGUCGAGAACAUGCUCCCAGCGGGGAACCCGGUCCUCCUUCCUUCCUUCCUUCCUUCCUUUCCUUCCUUCCCUCCCUCCCCAGAAGCUCACGGCUGACGCCAUCUUCAACGCUCAUGUCGGAGACCGACUUGUCUCUUUUCUGACAGAUAUAUUAAUAUAUAUAAAUGUAUGUAUGUAUGUAUGUUCUAUAAGAAGUUUGUAAAGAAAAUAGAAAAAAGAGACGACCUUUGCUAAUAGACUGAAAUGUUUUAUUCUUUCCAUUUAAUAGCUUCUAUUUUAUGUUGUUUUCCCAGCUUUAUUUUUAAAGCUGCCAUCUUUUUUUUCUUCUAGUUGAUUAUCACCGAUUUUGAUUUUUAAGUCCAGAGGGCCGUCAUGAAGCCCCCGUGACCCCUAUGAUCUAAGGCUUGACCUUCUGAGGCCGCGCGGCCCUCUCAUGAAAGCGCCUCUCGUUCGGCGCCGAUGGAGGAGCGGGCCCCGGAGGAGUGUUUAUUUUCAUUUAUUUUUUUUAAAUGUACAUUGUUCUCUUUAGCACAUAUAUUUUUUAAUGUUUUAAUGGGUUUUUGUAAAUAGCGUCGCUAACAUUUCUCUGGAGCCCAAAAUGCCUUCAGCGUUGCAGGAGAGUCUCGGUUCAGACGCCACGGCGGCUGCAGCGCCCUCGUCAGGAGCAAGUGCCUCGAGGCCGAGUUCAAAACAUGUCAUUUACUGAAUGGAGGAGCGAGAUGACGCUUACGUUGGGUCCUUCACACCGAGAGCUGGUUGUAGUUUCAUAUUCAUAUUCGUACUGGCGGUUUAAAGUAUGAGUUCUUUGCCACGUGUGUAAACAUGUUGCUGAAGUCCAGUUUCUUACGGCUCUUCUGUUUAUGUAUGUUUUAGUUUUAUUUUAUUUUUAAAAUUCUUCUCUAAAUAAACAGUGAAGCGGUUACUCUGGAUUUUCCCUGAUUUUACAGUUGAAAUUACACAAUUUUGGUUUAAUGACCUUUUUUUAAUUGUGCAGACGAUACUUUUCAAAGUAAAAGCAUCAGUACUUUUGUUUUUGGGCCAUAUCUAUGAUGGAUGAGAGUUUGAACCCAGAUGAUAGAAGCCAUGUUGAAGCAGACGUUUCGAAUUCUAGUAAAAAAGUUAAAAACUGUA